UUCUACGUUGUAUAUAAUACAAAACAAAUGAAAAAAAUAAAAAGGAGGCGAGUUUUAUACGGUGAGUUUACGCAGCCGCGAAACGGUCCGUCUUGCCUCGCUCGAAAGAAACACAAUUUGUCCACGCUGGCAAUCCGUUAGGAGCAAAAGCAAACCAAUCAAAGGCCUACCACACGGAUUGAAGGCCUUUUCAAAAUCCUUAUCCUCGCACGAUAUAGUCUUCUAAUUUAACCGAACCUAGAAAAGCGCCCCACUUCUGUUCUCUCUCUAUAUUAAAGUGCUCCUACCGUCUUUUUUGUCAUUGUUCUCUCUCGUUAUUUAGAAUCGUCUUUUACAAGGACAAGUCAUGGCUCGUACGAAGCAAACUGCUCGCAAAUCAACCGGUGGAAAGGCCCCCAGGAAGCAGCUCGCCACAAAGGCUGCUAGGAAAUCUGCUCCGACGACUGGCGGAGUCAAGAAGCCUCAUCGUUACCGCCCUGGAACUGUGGCUCUCCGUGAAAUCAGAAAGUAUCAAAAGAGCACUGAACUUUUGAUCCGCAAGUUGCCAUUCCAGCGCCUUGUUCGUGAAAUAGCUCAAGAUUUCAAGACGGAUUUGAGGUUCCAGAGCCAUGCGGUGCUUGCACUUCAGGAGGCUGCGGAGGCCUAUUUGGUGGGUCUGUUCGAGGAUACCAAUCUCUGCGCCAUUCACGCCAAGCGGGUAACUAUAAUGCCCAAGGAUAUUCAGCUGGCUAGGCGUAUUCGUGGUGAACGUGCCUAGAUGUAUUUUGUCUUGUGUUUGCUGUUUAGUUCAAGUAUUUAGGUUUUCUCUUCAUAGAAUUUGAAGUUAGAGAAGGAAUUGUUGAAACCAGUAUCUUAUAGUAAUCAAUAUAAUUUUCUGUCUCUGGA